CUUUUGAUAUUAAUAUUCCGUGUAGGUGGCACGGAGUUACUGAAAUUGGAAAUGCGCCCCAACAUUCAGUAGCUCAUUAUCGUGAUCAGUUAUCAUUGAUUCGUCCGGGCCAGUUUCUGUGGACACCAUAUACAGAUUGUAUCCUGCCCGAUUACUGCAUUGAUUCGACCGCAUCCUACUUGUGCGACACAUAUUUGGUGUGCUGGUCAUUUGUCGAGGCACACGAGGCUGGACGCGUUUGCCGACAAUUCAACCGCUACCAGCGUAUUCCUCAGUAUUGUGAUAGGAUGCUACAUAAUGCCGGACAUCUGUCUAAAAGUCACCGCCGUGGGAGGAAGGGCGCCGAUUGGGCUAAGGUACAUAAAUUCUACAUUGAAGAAUGGGAUUUGAGACACCACAGGUUCCAAGCAAAUUUUGAUCAUGCCACGAUGACCAUGGAUGGUCGCAUUAAUCCGGGCUAUAUGGCGUGGUUCAAUAGGAUCACAGUGUCGUACCUAGUUCAACCUGUGACACAGUCAACGGUUGGGAUGAACGAGUCAGCAUCUUCUAUGAUGAAAUUGGUCGAGACCAUUCAGGGGAUAUGGCAUUUGACCUCUGAACACGACACAGACCCUCGAUUACGGCAGAUUCGUGCAAUGGCUGCUGAUGCGCUUCGUACGACGGACCAUACUGAUGAUGCCUGCCCCUCUCAUUUGGUCCACCCUCGCAGAUGA